AGAAGAAGAAGAAGAAGAAGAAGAGGGGGGGGGGGGGAGAAGAAGAAAUAGCAGUAACCGCGGUUGGCCAUUGUUUUUCUCUGGCUCGUAUUCUGGCUAACAAAGUGAGGAAUAUGCGCUCACUUGUCGGACUAAUCGCUGUUGUUGUUGCAGCCAGCUUGUACCUGUAUUCACUGUCCCUGUACCUUCCUGCGGGACCACGACGACGUCCUCAUCCCGCCUCCGACAGAGAACAUGUGGCGACAGCGGAGUCCGAGCAGCACACUGACAGCUCCGAGGGACCCGGCAGGUUGAAGUUCCCUUCGGACUUGGAGCAGCUGAGGGAACUGGCUGAGCUCCUGCAGUUUUACAAGGCAGAACACACUGAAUAUGUCCUGCUACUCUUCUGUAGUGCAUAUCUCUACAAGCAGUCCUUUGCUAUUCCUGGAUCCUCGUUCCUGAACAUACUAGCAGGAGCUAUAUUUGGACCAUAUGAAGGGCUGCUGCUUGCCUGUGUGCUCACCACCGUGGGCUCCACCAUGUGCUACCUCCUGUCUCAGGCCUUCGGAAAACGCUACAUUGUUAACCUCUUCCCUGAUAAGGUCUCCAUGCUACAGAGGAAGGUUGAGGAGAACCAGGACUGUUUGUUCUUCUUUCUGCUCUUCCUGAGAUUCUUUCCCAUGACUCCCAACUGGUUUCUGAACAUGUCUGCCCCGAUUGUCAACAUCCCCAUCAACUUCUUCUUCUGCUCAGUCUUCAUUGGCCUCCUGCCGUACAACUUCAUCUGUGUCCAGACAGGCGUCAUGCUAUCUGAGGUGUCAUCGCUGGAUGACUUGUUCUCCUGGGAGCGGCUGCUGCAGCUGCUGGCCAUCGCCUGCAUGGCUCUGCUGCCCGGUGCCCUCAUCCGCCGCUUCAGUCAGAGGCGUCUUAAACUGGAUGUCCAGUCGCAAAACGGGCUCAUCACAGAUAAGAAGGUCCAGUGAUUUGUUCUGGGAAUGAGUUUGUUCCCUGGCGCUUUCCUUGCCAUCUGCCCUCAAGAGUGAAUGUAUCUAAAGUGUGACUCUUCAGAAAAAUUUUGUGCACAAACACUCUCGUGUAAAGGUUUCUUUUAUCUGGGAGUGCUUUACUUUUUUCUGGAGCCACCUGGAGAUGGAGAGGGAUUGCAGCUUUUAAAAAAAUUAGACUGGCACAGUGGGAUUUGAAGCCAAGUAUUUUGUGUUACCAAAUAUUGGUGUUUCUGUGCCACGAUGCCUGUGUGCACAGCAUGCACAGUAUAUGUAUAUAGAUAUAUGAAUGUACAGUAAUCAUAUGGAAAGAGGGAAGGAUUUUAAGGAAACUGCUCUUGCACUCAGUUAUAAGAGUACUGCUUCAAUGUCAACAGCUAGUGUUUCAAGUGCCUGUCCUGUCUGUUUCAAACGUCUACCUCCAACAUGAACAUGUGGAAAUGUUGAUGUAAAUGUAACAGCCUACCCAUGUUUGCAGUGGCCGGAUGGUUCAGAUAAUUUUUGGGUUUGUUUGAAUUAUUAUAUUUGUAACUGAAAUACUGAUUAUGUUUGCUGCAUAUAUUAUUCAACUUGGAAAUUGUAUUUUUCUUAUUUGACAAUCACAUUUUGCAAUUUUAGAAUAAAUUGUAAUAGAUAUUAUAGGACAAUUUUUUUCUAUUUUUCAACUCUGAACUAUGUUUUUCAAAUUGUGUAAUUUAGAGACCAGAAUUUGGCCUCAGAGUGUCAUGUUCAGGAGUCAUUUUGAGUAACCAAUUUCAAAAUGUACAGCCCUGUUUUACGGUGUCAUGAUAUAUAAUAAGCUGCAUUCUCUGUUAAAUCAAGCCUUAAUAUUACUAUGAAAUCCUCUUUGCUUCCUCCUCUUCCUCCAUGUGUCUUUUAUACAGUACUGGUCCAGCAGCGUCUACGCUGCACAAAGUGUUGUUUUAAAAUUCUUUCUUCAUGUUGGUUAUGGUGUAAAAUGUUAUGUCAGCUUUCUGUUUCUUCAAAGAUGUGAAUUCUUUUAAGUGUAAUGCAAUUCAGACUUUGGCUGGCACAUGUAUCGGAUUAUAAAUGAUGUGGCAUCUUUAUUUCAGAGGUGAGAAUAACUUUGAAAUCAUAAAACAGUAAACUUGAAAAACA